AUGGAGAUAGCGUCGACCUCAACGGAGCCCCUCGCCAAUGAUGAGAGAUAUUUCUUCUUCCCUUUUUUUCUUCAUCGACUGAGAGAGAGGGAGGUAGACGGAGAUUUCUUCUCUAAAGCUUUACUUGUACAUUGUGCUGAAGAAGAGGACGAAAGCCUGAAAUCAUGGAAGACAUCGUUUUCCCAAUGCACAGUGAAGUUGCUAGUAGUGCCAUACAAUGCAUGGUUGGUGGCGUGUGUAAGCAGCUGUGCACAGGUGGUAUGGGCGGAGGCGUACGCCGGGAGCUGCGAAGAGGAGGUAAGGUGGAGGAGAAGCACAGUACUGGAGCUGUUAGAGGAGAAAAGCAUGGUAGGGGAAAAGUUUCCUAGGCAGCUCCAUUUUGCGGGAAACCCUUUGAGGCGCGGCACAAAACGACGAAAAGUGAAACAAUAA